GUAUCAUCUCAUCUAUGAAAAUCCUUUUGAGGUGGAGGAGCAGAGUAUACGCAGCUACAAGGAAGAAGAAGAGAUGUUUGAACACAUCACAGCAAACGAACUGGCUGGCUACGGGGUGGGCGCUCUACUCCUCUGUGCCACCAUUUCUGCCCCCAAAAUCGACUCUCUCAUUUCUGCUUCCCAACGGAGCUCACUGGGUAUGUGCAAGAGAUGUGGUGAUCUGAGGCUGAUCGCGUGCUCAGGAUGUAAAGGAUCUGGAUUAGUUAAAGAAGGCGGGCUAUUCAGGUUUAAUCCGGUGGAUGACCUCUAUCGGUCGUUUGGGGAUGAUGCAAAUAUGAUGUCUUUUUCGUGCACAAAAUGUCGAGGCAGAGGACAUUUCAACUGCCCCGAGUGCUCUAAACUGUCCCACGGCUGAUCUUGCUUUACCAAAUAUGUUGUAAGUUUUUCUGGACUUGGUUUUAAGAUUUCAUGUAUGACGUAAAAUUGAGGUGACCGGUUGGUUUUGCAUUCGAAAAAAAGAUCAUGGCUGAAAGUGAAGUUGUAAGCCAGCUUGCAGAAUGUAGACUUGUGUUUGUCAUCUGAUUUUUAAUUUGUACUCAAAUGAGAUUUGGAAAUCAUAUGGAUGGUUGGAAUAUCUCUUGGAUAAAUAUGUUUUUUGG